AUGACCACACAGGACGCGCGCGAGGCCAUCAGAGAUCUUCGCGCGUACGUGCGAGCGAAGGAACGCGUGGACAUCUACGAUAUCGGGGAAUGGCGCGCGGAGAUUCGAUUUCGAAAAUCAGGCGAUUCAGCUGGAGUCAAAGAUAAAUACUUCUACGCCCCGUGUGGGACGCGUUUUCGUAGUCAAAAGGACGUUCGGGCGUUCGCGGUGAAGGCGAUAAAGUCCGCGGGAGCGAAGUCGGGGGAGAAACGGCGCGUCGAGACGGUCGAGAGAGGGGUGAAGCGAAUGAAAAAGACGAGCGCGCCGAAGAAGACUGCGAAAGAGGCGGCGUUUGAGGAGUUUUUGCAGCAGGUGGCGGCGGUGACGGGACGGGACGUUCGUGGAGAUGGAUGGCGCGUCGAGUUGUUCGAGCGGAAGAGCGGGAAGGGGGGGGCGUGGAAGGAGUUCUUUUCGCCGCGCGGGCACAAGCUGCGGUCGAUGAGAGAGGUGUUUCAUUAUCUGUCGCACAUGAACUCGAUCGAUGAGGUGCGAACGGGGGAGGAGGAGGAGGAGGAGGAGGGGGGAGAAGGCGCGCGGCCGAGCAUGGAGGAGCUCGAAGAGAUCGAACGGAGGGAGGCUGAGAAGCACGCGGCGUUGAUUACUAGGCCGGUUACGGCGUUGGUCGAGCGCGCGGCUCCGAGUGUGCAAGUCACUGGCGUCGAGGUGGACGAGGAUAUGGACGAAGAUCGACUGGCGAUGCAGUUCAUGGAUAUCACGGGAUUUGAGCCGCUGUACGAAACCGUGGAGGAGCUUCGCGCGAUGGUGAAGAAGGAGCGCGCUCAGGCGGCCGUUAAGAUAAACGACAGCUCGUCGGCGUUCAAAUUUAACACCUCCAGCCGUAGCCAGCGAAUGACGUUAGAGGAGCUUCCGAACGGCUCGAGGUCUGCGCGAGAAGAGGAUGAGCGUAAGAGAGUGGAACAGCGAGCGCUUAUCGACAAGAUGAAGGCGAAGAAUCAGAACGUUGAGGAUUUCAUUGGUAACAUCUCUGAGGCGGAUUGGAGGGGUGACGGGCGCGUACCCAAGUUCUUAGGGAAUACAUCCGUUCCCGAUAUCGUGCGAGGAGGCACGCGGAUUGGAGCGGCGCCGCAGAUCGCCGGAACUGAGGCCGAAAUCAAGUGUUUACCGAGCACAAAGCCCGCGGCAAUCCCGGAAGUGGAUCGACCCCCGUUUGAUCCCACCGAUACCAACGCAGUGUCGACGCUGAAAGCGGCGAUGCAUACGAGCGCGACGCCUCAAGAGACUCGGUGCCGCGAUAUAGAACGCGCCAAAGUCAUCGACUUGAUUCAGGGAUGUUUGCGCGAUCAUAGACCUGGCAGCAUGUAUCUCGCCGGUUUGCCGGGAACUGGGAAGACACUGACGCUCAAAGACGUCCAAAGAACGACGGAGAAGUGGGGCAUCUCUGGGAAGACUCGUCCGCGCGUGGUUUUUAUGAACUGCAUGUCCGUUCACGAUCCGAAGGCGAUAUUUGGCUUGAUUCUUGAUGAACUCAACGAAAACGUCACUGCAACUGAUCGCGACCCCGCGAAAGAGUCAGUUGAAUUCAGCGAUGUACCGGAAAUCAUGGCGUUGCGAAGGGUGGUCACAGAGAUGAAGGGUGGGAUGGUCAUCAUUCUGCUCGAUGAGAUGGAUCAAUUGGUGACGAGGGCGCAAGAAGUGUUGUAUGAACUGUUUGCGCUACCGGCGCUCAGGGGGUCGAGAUGCGUGCUUGCAGGCGUCUCCAACGCCCUUAACCUCACCGAUCGUGUGUUACCCCGACUUCGAGCUCGCGGGUGCGAGCCUCAGCUCGUGACGUUCGCUGCUUAUGACGGCAACCAACUAAAGGAAUUGCUCAAGCAGCGACUCGCUGUGCUCCCAUUCAACGCUUUCGAAGACAGUGCGUUGGAAUUGUGUUCGCGCAAAGUCGGGGCAGCGACGGGAGACAUGCGAAAGGCGCUGAAUGUGUGCGCCACAGCUAUAGAUAUAUGUGUCCAAGAGGCAACGAAAUCGACCGAAGAAGCGCACAUGGCUAAGGGCGGUGUGAAGAUUGCUCACAUGGCGCGCGCGCUCUCGAAGACAUUUAGUAAUCCAGUGGUGGAUUCGAUUCGGGCGUUGCCACAGAUGCAGCAGUUGGUGUUAUGCUCCGCCGCGAAGUUAUUCCACAGUGUGGGUACGGUGGAAACGACUACGGGUACCCUUCACGAUAGAUACGUCGUCGUGUGUAAGACUGCUGGUGUCAAGGAACUGUCUCAAGGAGAGUUUUACAACAUGUGCACCGCGCUCGAGGAUCACGCCCUUGUCAAGGUUGGAAAGUCCGGGAACGAUCGCAUGCGCAAGUUGAAGCUACAAGUGAAGUACGAUGACGUCGUCUUCGCUCUGCAGGGCGUGCACUUCUUCCGGAACUUGUUAGGUGUCACCAACCAGUAG